CUUUGUCCGUCGUUCAGUAAAAAUGAAUUAAUAAUUUAUUUUUAAACUGCGGUAUUUGACCGCGCACAGAAAAAACGUCCUUGCUUCUCGCUAGCAAUUUGUGGAGAAGAAGUGUACCAUAGAACUGGAUAUCACUGCCAAUGGAACACCUGUGCCAGAGGUUAUGGCUGCUUGGUUUGUUGGUGAGUUUCUCAUACUCUGAAAAUGACUCCAAACCCAACUUUGUCCUUAUGAUGGUGGAUGAUCUGGGCAUUGGCGACAUAGGAUGCUUCGGAAACGACACUAUCAGGACCCCAAACAUAGACAAGCUGGCCGAAGACGGGAUAAAGCUGACCCAGCACCUGUCAGCGGCACCGCUCUGUACGCCGAGCCGAGCGGCUUUCAUGACCGGCCGCUACGCCCUCCGCUCCGGGUUGGGAAGUACAGGUAGAGUUCAGGUGAUCCUGUUUUUGGGAGGAUCGGGAGGGCUGCCGUCCAAUGAGACAACCUUUGCCAAGCUUCUACAGAAACAAGGUUACACUACGGGCAUUGUGGGUAAGUGGCAUUUGGGGGUAAACUGUGAACAGAGGAACGAUCACUGCCACCACCCCAACAAUCACGGCUUUGACUACUUCUACGGCCUGCCUUUCACCCACUUCAACGACUGCAAACCUGGGGAGGGCACCGACGUCUUGGCCGACCUCCAGCAGGCGCUGCGGGACCUCUCCCUGAUGGUGGGGCUGGCUCUGGUGACUCUGGCCUGUGUGCGGUCCCUUGGGCUGCUGGAGAUCAGCGGGAAGGUUCUGGUUCUGCUGGGUCUCCUCUGUCUGUUGGGUUUCAGUGUGUGGUACGUGCCUUUUAAACUCCUCCGGACCUGGAACUGCAUCCUCAUGAGGAACCAGGAGGUGGUGGAGCAGCCGACGAACUUGGCCACGCUGACGGAGAGACUGAUGAGGGAGGCAGAGCAGUUUGUGGAGAGAAACCAGCACAAGCCCUUCCUGCUCUUCUUUUCCUUGGCUCACGUACACACGCCACUCUUCGUAUCCCCUGACUUUGCUGGAAAAAGCAAACAUGGCCUCUACGGGGAUAAUGUGGAGGAGGUGGACUGGAUGAUUGGUCGGAUGGUCAAGGUCAUUGACAGACUUGGCCUCUCUGAGAAAACCCUAAUGUACUUCACCUCUGACCAUGGAGGUCACAUCGAAGAUGCGGACGAACGUGGACAGAAAGGAGGCUGGAAUGGAAUCUACCGGGGUGGUAAGGCCAUGGGGGGCUGGGAGGGUGGAAUCCGUGUGCCCGGGAUUUUCCGUUGGCCGGGACGACUGCCCGCGGGGAGAGUGAUCGACGAACCGACGAGUCUCAUGGACGUCUAUCCCACACUGGUUAAACUGGCCGGGGGAGAGCUCCCACAGGACAGGGUUAUAGACGGGCAUGAUCUGAUGCCGUUGCUGGAGGGCAGAACAGAGCGAUCGGAGCAUGAGUUCAUGUUUCACUACUGUGGGAUGUACCUCAACGCAGUGCGCUGGCACCCACCGGGCAGUGGCUCCGUUUUCAAAGCCCAUCUGUUCACACCCAACUUCUCUCCGCCGGGCGCCGGCGGCUGUUACGACACCAAAGUGUGCUUGUGUCACCGCGGUUUCGUAACGUACCACGAUCCUCCGCUGCUGUUUGAUCUGUCCGACGACCCGUCUGAGAGCCGGCCUCUCUCCGCCGAAACGGAGCCGCGCUACGCCGAGGUCCUGCGACAGGUCGCCGGAGCCAUCGAAAAGCACCGGCAAACUUUGCUCCCCGUCCAAAACCAGCUCACCUGGAGCAACAUCCUGUGGAAGCCUUGGCUACAGCCGUGCUGCGGGACCUUUCCCUUCUGCUCCUGCGCGGAGGCUAACAGUACCUCGGCACCAGCGGGAUGACAGAACGGAACCAGAACCUGACCAUCUCAGAACCGGGUUUAUGAAGGCAGUGAUAAUGAUGUUGAACUUAGAUGUUCAGAACUCCAUCUUAUGCAGCGACGCAGUAAUCCCUUUCAUGACUACAACUCAGAGGAGAAUAACGUAAACCGUAGCGUGUUUUCAGUAGAGACCGUCUUUAGGAUUUUGCCGUAAUACUUGAAUUUUGAGUGAUAAGAAGUAAAGAUUUAUUAAGAUCUUCUUUUCAAAAAUGUUUAUGAUGUGAUUCCUCUAGAAAACAUCAAAGGAAAUAUCCUGAAGGUGUACAAUUUUCUAACAAGUUAGCAGUAAAGCAGGGGUAAUCUGUAACUAAUGCAUAUGACCACCUUUUCCCCAAAGUAAACAUUCCUCUUUUCCUAACGGUUUUGAUUUGGGGACCUAGUUCACUCUUUUUUUUUUUUUUUCUGUAAUGCUGUUUUUUUUAAAUUACCAGAUCCAAACAGCAUUGUGUUUGAGUCCUGAGGUUUGUCAGAACUGGGUAGUUUACAUGUAAAAUUCAAACAGAAGACCAAUUUAAGAGGUCUAUAUCAGCACAAAGAGCAUCAAUACCAAACUGGUCAAGCUUGUAAUUUGUAUAACUCUCCAAGAGAGGGCGCUGAAACCAAGGCUAUGAGACAGUAGAUGCACUCCAGUAGGGCUUGAUAUCACGCCCAACUGUUCAAUACACCGUCGAUGAACAUGUAAACAAGUCCUACCUCAGCCCUGCUGAUUGUCUGUCAAUAAGAAUCCUACGAAUCAAAGUUUGCCUCUCUGUAAGAACAAGCACAAAUGGCUCUUUUGUUGUCUAUAAGAGAGCUUUGUCCUUGAACUUGAAGCCAAUAGGAAAUGUGUAUUACUGUUAUGGCAGUGUUUGGUCUAUGCUUUCACCAACAACAUAAUUGAAAGCUAAA